AUGCUCGUCAACCCACUUCACCUCUUAGGUGCUCUUUCAGCAGCUGUCUUUGCCACGGCAGGCGAUUCAGCAUGGCAUCUCGACUACGUCAACACAUUGGUCAACGAAGCUCUCGACCCGGUAGUCAGUCCCAAUGCCCAGGCGUCCCACAUGCACAAGAUCAUCGGCGGGUCUCGCAUGGCCGCUUACUAUAACUUCGAUGACUAUGCGGGCGCAAAGUGCUCAUCAUUGAGAGUGCAAGCCGACAAGUCCAACUACUGGAUGCCUAAUCUUUAUGUUCUCGACAAUGCCGGUACAUCCGAUGUCACCUUCACCCCUGUCCCCGCCAAGAUCCGAUUCUACUACUUCCUCUCCCAAAACUCGGACGCCGAGCUCGUCUCCCCUUUCCCAAAGGGCCUUCGUAUGCUCACCGGUAGCCCCAAUAACAAGGCUGCCACCAGCGUCGCCUCCUUCACAUGUCAGAUCAACUCGGGCUUUACCGACUCUGUCAUCCUUGACAACUUCAACUUUGAGCGUGACUGUCCUUGGGGAAUGAAGACCGAGCUCUAUUUCCCUCCUUGCUGGGAUGGUGUCAACCUUUACAAAAGCGACGGCUCGCACAUGUCUUAUCCCAGUCAAGAUGUGCGAGAUGGGUCUUGUCCUUGGUCCCAUCCGGUCCGACUUCCUGCCAUUCAGCUGGAGUACACAUGGUACACAUCUUACCACAACCCGGAAACGGCUCUUAAGGGGAACCUUGCAUGGGCGAACGGAGACACCACAGGGUACGGCAUCCACGGUGACUUUGUCAAUGGCUGGGACAUUGACGUCUUGACCAAGGCUCUGCACAAUGACACGUCCUGUAGGCAGGGCAAGGCCACCCCUAUGGACGAAUGCCUAACCCUCUACGCUUCCUUCGACGCCAGUGCUCAAGCGUCUUGUACACCCGAGAAGGGUACCCUGACCGAGCCUAUUCUUGGCAACGACGACCUCGUCACCAUUCCUCGUCUUCCCGAAUGCAACCCCGUCUGGGGCUCUUCUGGCAGCAAGCCCACCUGUAGCCCUGCGGUCGCCGGCAUAGACGUUUCUUCUUUCAAGGGUACCGACGGUGCUUAUAUCGCUUCCACUGCGGAGCGCAGAGACUAUGUCGCUCCCACCACACCUGGCUGGCACACCAUCGCGUGUCUUAAAGACAUCUCGUCUCUUACCGGCGGUGUAUCCUACACCGACUCUAGUAUGACUCAGGAAUCCUGUCAGUCGACAUGUCUCACCGCUGGGUACCAGUAUGCUGCUACCGGACAACAGGGCAGUACUUGGAACUGCAAGUGUGGUACUGGUAUCAAUUCGAAAGCCGAAGUCAAGCCUGGCAUGUGCACCGUUGCCUGCCCCGGUAAUUCUGCCGAGCUGUGCGGAGGAAGCUAUCUGUACAACAUUUACUACGCUCCCAAUGGCACUACCUCGUCCGCCAACAGUACUCGCUCCGACGGAUCUUCAUACCUCGGAUGCUACUCCAACCCCUCUCCUACUACCGCCGGAUUGCUUGGUCAGUCUACCUACAACUUCAACUCCAACUCUAUGACUACCGAGGUCUGUAUUCAAGCUUGUGCCGGCCAAGGCGCAAAGUGGGCCGCGACAAACUCUCAGAAGAACUGCUUCUGCGGUACGAACCUCACUUAUGGCACUGGCGCGUUCGUCAACGACAACCAAUGUACUACCAAAUGCAGCGGUAAUUCAUCCGAAAUUUGCGGGGACUACUACAAAGACUCGGUUUACGACAUCUCCCAGGUCACGGGCGCUGCUGUCGCUGGUUAUGCUGCUGGCUACCAAGGAUGUUAUACCGACUCGGGUUCCCACCUCGGUCUCACCGCCAACUCUUGGACUCUCAGCUCCAUGUCUGUCAACCAAUGUAUCAACGGCUGCUCCGAGCUCGGCUACGGCUACGCCGGCCUCUACUCUAGGUCUCAGUGCUACUGCGGCAACACUCCGUCCUCUUCCAAGAGUGUCCUCCCCACGAGCCAGUGCCAGGCCAAGUGCGCUGGAAACUCAACUGGGACAUGCGGGGGCAGUGCUGCUAUGGAUCUUUACACUGUCACGAGCGCCACUGUGACUCCUGCGACCGUGGCCGCCAAGAAGCCUUCGAGCUAUCUCGGUUGCUUCAAGGACGCCGGGUCCAACCUCGCCUUCUCCAACGCCUAUUCCUACAGCGCUACUACCAUGUCUGUUGAUAUCUGCAAAUCUGCUUGUCAGGAGCUUGGCUAUGCCUACAGCGGUGUCGAGAAUGGCAACCAGUGCAAGUGUGGCGCUGCCGCUCCAUCCAGUCAGCAGAUGGUCAGCAGCCUCUACUGUACCACCAACUGCACCAACACCGCCUCCCAAACGUGCGGCGCUAGCGGCUACAUCGAAGCCUACUCUCUCGCCAACUCGACUGCUUCCACUGCUAUGCCAGGUCUCUCUGCUUCCGCCUAUGUCGGCUGCUAUCAGAACUCGGACCGUGUCUUGAGCACGUACUCGUACACCGACAGCUCUUUGACGGUCGAAAGCUGCCGAAGCUCUUGUUCUGGUUUGGGAUACAGCUUGGCCUCGGUCUACAUUGGCAACUCGUGUGGCUGUGGCAACUCUAUCUCGAGCUCUUUGACCAAGCUUCCCGCCAGUCAAUGUCAAAGCUACACCUGUAAGGGCAACACGACCGAGUACUGUGGUGGAUCUACGCAAGCGGCCAUCUACAACACCACCGGCAGCGCUACCUCUACCAGCGCGGAAGGCUAUACCGGCUGUUACUCUCCAGGCACUUUCCUCACCUCUGCGGGUCUCAACUACAAUGGCGCCUACAUGACCACUGGUCUUUGUCGAAGGACUUGUCGAGCCAACUCGUAUUCCAUUGCCGCCCUCACCAACGGUAAUGCUUGCUACUGUGGCAACUCGACUUCUUAUGGCGCUGUUGCUGCCUCGUCCGUCUGUAACGCUGCUUGUGAUAUAGGUUCCGGAAACAGCACUUUGAAUUGUGGCGGUACACACUCUGCCGCUCUCUCCGUCUACGACACCACCGGCGCGGGAUCUCAACCUCCCUCCGGCUAUCCCGCCAACUACGUCGGCUGUAUCACCGACAACCCCCGGAAGCUUCCCAACUUGACCUAUACCAGCGGCGGCAUGUCUUCGUCCCUCUGUAAGGGCCAGGCAGUCAAGUCGUUCGGCAGUGGUGGUCUUCAGUAUGGCACUGAGAAUGGGAAUGAGUGUCAUGCGGCUCCGCUGUCGGUCAAGAUCAAUACCCCGCUUUUCCCCGAGUCCUAUUGUACGAGCAGGUGUGCAGGAAACUCUGCCGAGAUUUGUGGCUCUGGUGGUCGUCUAUCUUGGUACAUCGUCCAAGGCAACGCUGCUGGCGGCACCACCACUAGCGCCGCCGCCACCUCGACAACCUCCAAUGCCACCACCCCUGCCGUUUCCACUUCAGCUUCAAGCCCUGCGGCUGCCUCUAGCACCUCCAGUGCCGCCGGCGCUGCUACCAGUGGCAUCACGGUGGUUGAUGGCACGACAUACCUCGGAUGCUACUCUGACAGCGGUACCGACCACACUUUGAACGGCACCAGGUCGACUACGAAUACCAUGACUGCGAAGACUUGUGUCAGCUAUUGUUCGGGUCUUGGGUAUGCCUAUGCCGGUGUUGAGUACUACAACGAGUGUUACUGUGGCUCUUACGCUCCUCUUGCGUCUAGGAAGGACUCUACCAACGCUAAAUGUCACUAUGCGUGCAAGGGCGAUUCCACUCAAUUCUGUGGCGGUGGUGGUCGAGUAGCAAUCUACCAGGCCAGCUCUGUUUCCUCUUCGGCUGCCGCAUCGACGUCCAAGGCUUCGACCACUAGCGCCGCGGCAUCGACUUCUGCCGCUUCUUCCACGUCAAAGGCUUCCACUUCCACGUCCUCCUCGUCAAGCGCUGCUGCAUCCAGCACCAGUCUCGCUAUCACGACCAUCACUGGUUCUACGUAUCUGGGAUGUUACUCCGACAGCGGGUCUGAUCGUACCCUGAAGGGAACCAAGAGUUCUACCAGUACGAUGACUGCCAAGACUUGUGUCAGCUACUGUGCUGGCCUUGGGUAUCAGUACGCGGGUUUGGAGUACUACAACGAGUGCUAUUGUGGCAACACUGCCCCAGCCUCGACCAAGAAGGACUCUACGGACGCCAAGUGUCUUUACGCGUGCAAGGGCGACUCUACCCAGACUUGUGGAGGCAGUGCCCGUCUGGGUAUCUACUACACCAGCUCGGUAUCCACUACCAAGGCGGCUAGGAGAUCACUGCCAACGCGGGCAAGUGAGAGGGAUAUCAGCCGCGUUGUUCACAGGCGCAGGGGCCUCGGUCGGGUGUAA